AUGGAUCUAUUUGCUUCUACAACCUGCUUAUUUUUAGCGGCUUUCGUUCUUAUCACGACUUCAGCAAACAAACUAAACGUCCCACGCCUUCGCCUCUCAUAUAAAGACCUGGUGGCCACUAAUCGCUCCUUUAUCUUCUCGGGCCUAAAUGGUGACCUGCAGGUGUCAGCCAUGUUUUUGGAUGAGUACCACGACAGGCUCUUUUUGGGAGGAAAGGAUGUACUUUACUCUCUUCGACUGGACCUCACACACACUGAUGCGAAAAAGAUUCACUGGCCAUUACCCGCCAACCGAGAAGAGUGUAUUUUGAAAGGAAAGGACCCAGAGACAGAGUGUGCUAAUUUUGUGCGUGUUCUGCACCCCUUUAAUCGGACUCAUCUGUUGGCUUGUGGAACCGGAGCUUUCCAACCUGUGUGUGCACUGGUGUAUGUUGGCCAUCGUGGAGAACAUGCCUUUUUACUGGAUCCUUCUACUGUGGAAAAUGGCAGGGGACGAUGCCCUCAUGACCCCAAACUUCCUUUUGCCAGUACUUUUACAGGUGGGGAGCUCUACACCGGCCUGACAGCUGAUUUCUUGGGACGUGACUCUGUGAUUUUGAGGAGUUUGGGGAAUCGAUCUCCCAUGAGGACUGAAACAGACCAGAAAAUACUACACGAGCCCAGGUUUGUGGCGGCCCACCUCAUUCCAGACAGUGCAGAUAAGGAUGAUGAUAAAGUGUACUUCUUCUUUACUGAGCGAGCGAGCGAGGUCGGUGAGAGAGAGGGAGAAGCAGCCAUACACACCCGAAUUGGAAGAGUGUGUGCGAAUGACAUCGGGGGAAAGAGAGUGCUGGUGAACAAAUGGAGUACGUUUAUUAAAGCUCGACUAGUGUGUUCUGUACCAGGACCUCAUGGUAUUGACACACACUUUGACCAGCUGGAAGAUGUAUUUCUUUUGAAAACUAAAGAUGAAAGAAACCCAGAGGUUUAUGCUAUCUUCAGCACCAUCAGUAACGUGUUCCAGGGUUAUGCAGUAUGCGUAUAUAGCAUGGCUGACAUUCGAGAGGUGUUUAACGGACCAUUUGCUCAUAAAGAAGGUCCAGACUAUCAAUGGGGUCCAUAUGAGGGCCGAGUUCCAUAUCCACGGCCCGGAGUGUGCCCGAGUAAGAUCACGGCUCAGCCCGGUCGUGUGUUUGGAAACACUCUGGAGUUUCCGGACGCCGUGCUCCAGUUUGCGCGAUCUCAUCCUCUCAUGUGGCGGGUUGUAUACCCAGCACAGCGCCAGCCUCUGCUUUUACGCACUGGCAUGCCGUACAGGCUCACACACAUCACAGUGGACCGAACUCUGGCUGAAGACGGUCCGUAUGAUGUCAUGUUUAUUGGCACAGAUAUUGGCACUGUUCUUAAGGUCAUUGCACUGCGCAAUAGCAAUUCUCUCACUACUGAGGAGAUAACACUGGAGGAGCUGCAGGUGUUCAAGAAGCCAGCUCCCAUCACCUCCAUGGGGAUAUCAGUAAAGCGGCAAUCACUGUUUGUCGGGUCGAGUGUUGGCGUGGCGCAGGUGCCCCUGCAUCGCUGCAGUAUGUACGGUAAAGCAUGUGCCGAGUGUUGCCUGGCCAGAGACCCCUACUGUGCCUGGGAUGGACACACAUGCACACGUUAUGUUGCCAAUGCCAAACGGCGCUACCGCAGACAGGACAUCAGACAUGCCAACCCAGCGCUGCAGUGCAGAGAUCAGACUCAGAGCGUGGAGGACGUCAGUGUGAUCGAAGUGCGGGUUGUUUAUGGAACAGAAAACAACAGCACGUUUUUGGAGUGUGUUCCUCGAUCCCCGCAAGCCACCGUCACCUGGCACAUCCAGCGGGAUGAACAUCUGGAGGAGUUGAUCUUGGAUGAGCGUUUGGUCAAAACAGAAGAGGGUCUGCUAUUCCGUCGGGUCUCAAGGCACGAUGAAGGGGUGUACGUGUGCCGCUCACGCGAGCAUGGAUUUGCUCAAACCCUCUCCCGUGUCUGGCUGGACGUGUUACGUGGAGAUACCCUCACCAACCUACUAUCACAAGACAGCAAACAAAAGGCGUGGCCUCCAUGCCCCGCACAAGCAGGUUCAGCUAACCGUACGCCAUCGAAGGCAUGGUUUAAGGACGUCCUGCAGCUGAUUGGUCCGUCAAAUCUCCCUCAGGUGGAACAGUACUGUGAGCGUGUCUGGUGCAAUGAAAAACUGCGGCGGAAACACAAAAACAUGUUGGACAAAUACAGACAAGCACAAGAUAUAGCACGGAAAACCAGGGUCACCAAGAACACGGGGGAGCGGAACCGCAUGCCGCGGGAUACACGCGCAGCUGAGUAAGAAAGCUGGAUUUAUGGACAAAGACAAGGGUUAUUAGUUAUAAAGACUCAGUUAUAACCCUUCUAAAACUUAAAGACACUAGAACAUACCUACUUCUCUCACUCUGACACACAGAGAGGUAAAUGUGUGUGUACAAUACAGAACUCUAAUUCUGCAUUACGUUUUCUGUUAACAUGCUAUUGUAUGAUGUAAUAUGUCAUCAUUUGACGAGAGUUGGAGUUUCAACAAAACAAACAAAUGUCAUUGGGUUGUAUACGCAUACUUCUAUAUAAGAAUUCAGUUUACUGUAGUUUUCUACUGUAGGAGGUAAUGAGAUCCAGGUGUGUUUAUAACACAAAAUCUGGAGUAAAUUCCAACCAAACCCUCAGUGUGUUUAUGUUAAGACUAAUAUUCCAAUUACUAAAGGUAAGCAGUGCUGGUUAUCUAAAUGCUAAUGUCAACAUGAUAGUCAAGUCUUUUUAGUUAGAGAAAAUACAUUUGAAAUAAAAUAAAUUUGUUGAAGCCUCCUGGAU